AUGGAGAAAGAUUCACUUCAACAAGCUACAAUGUUUUAUUCUCAUAUCGAUGUCAGAUUCAGAAUAUGUUCUGAUGUUGAUGUGGAAAAUUCAAUCAGUGCAGAUCAACAUGAUGGAAAUGAUUUAUGGGAGAAAAAUGAAAAUUUGAUUGAAUUUACGACCGAAAUCAUUUGCACAAAUAAUUUAUCGCCAUACAAGAAUUUAAUUGUAGCCAACGAAAACGUAGCCACUGAAUCGCGAGAAGUGAUUAUUAUUAUUUCAUUGCAUAUUGUGAGCGAAGUAAAGUCAUGA